AUGAAGGUCGAAACCUGUGUUUAUUCCGGAUACAAGAUCCACCCAGGACACGGUAAACGUCUUGUCCGUACCGACGGAAAGGUAAGUAAUUUCUUUCUAUUUUUCAUUCAAAAAAAUAUUGAUUCAGGUCCAAAUCUUCUUGAGCGCCAAGUGCCUCAAGGGAGCCAAGCUCCGCCGUAACCCACGUGACGUCACAUGGACUGUUCUCUACAGAAUCAAGAACAAGAAGGUGAGUUUGAUAGAUUUCAGCACAAUAAUUAUUUAUUUAUUUAUUUUUCAUAUUAAAACUUUGAAUUUUUAGGGUACCCAUGGACAAGAACAAGUCCAAAGAAAGAAGACCAAGAAGUCUGUCCAAGUUGUCAACCGUGCCGUCGCUGGUUUGACCCUCGAAGCCCUCCUCGCCAAGAGAAACCAAACCGAAGACUUCCGUCGCCAACAACGUGAACAAGCCUCGAAGGCCGCUAAGGAUGCCAACAAGGCUGUCCGCGCUGCCAAGCAAGCCGCCAACAAGGUAAGAUUUUUAUAUAGAAUUUUUUAAAUUUGUGGCAUGCUAUUAGAACUUGUGAAAAAUCUUGUAGUUUCACGAGUGUCGAAGUUAUGCGAAAUAAAAAUUCAGGGAACGCAACUGACUAGUGUUUCUUUUUAUUUCUCUGCGUUUUGUGGAGGAAUGAAAUCUAUAAGCUUUUCAAGUUUUCUUUCUUGGAACAAUUCUAUUUUUUGAAUAUAAAAUUAUUCUCAAGAAAUCGAGUGCAAAUAUUAGUUGUUUUGAUUCAAUUUCAAAGUAUUUUUAUUGCAGGAAAAGAAGGCUUCGCAACCAAAGAACCAACAAAAAUCCGCCAAGAACGUUAAAGCCGCCGCCCCACGUGUCGGAGGAAAACGAUAA